ACUCCUCUCCACCCCCUCUCUCUCUCUCAUCUCAAUUUGCUGAGGUCUCACUUCUCUCUCUCUCUCUCUCUCUCUCCAUCUCCAUACCACCUAUCAAGAUCUAUCUGCAUAUCACUCUCAUUCCUGUCUCUCUAGCAGAACCUCCCAAUCUCUUUCUCUUCCUUUUUUUUUGUUUUUUUUUUUCUGUACUUUCUAGAUCUCUCAACCUGAUUUCAUGGAUCUAUAAACCCACCCACCUGCAUUGUUGUCUUUCGUCUAGGGUUUACGAGCCACAUGCUUGGUUCGCCAUUCUUGCUCUUUCGAAGCCAUGCAAUCGCUUGCUUCGAGCAAAGGAGCUGAUUAUCAACUCCGCCGCUGUUGCCAACAGGAGCUACACCGGAACCCUAGAAACACUCGCUGAGACUCCAGCGAGGCAUUCGAGCUUGGCGGUCUUUGUUUCUGAUGAUGGUGUGUUUGAAUUUUGUUGUGAAGAAGAGAGAAGAUGCGAACUCUAAUGCUCCUUCGUUUUCUUCUUGCUUUGCUCACUCUCGUUUCAUCUAGCUCUAGCUCUGGGCUCCCGUUGCUGCAUACAUACUUGUCUCCUACUCUACUGCCAAGCCAGUCAUUAUUUCUGAGGGAAAUCUCACCGGAGCAUGGUAAAGGGAGGCCUAUGCCAAUGAGUGCAUCAUUUGCUCCAUCAGUGUCUCCCCGUGUGCCAAGGCUCAACCCUAUUUUGGAGCCAUCGGUUGUACGUGCUCCUUCUCCGUUGUAUCAAGGUCCUGUUGCUGGUCCUACCACUAGUAACUUGCCAAGACAUCAUCGUCAUCACCAUCAUAUGAAACCUAUUUCAAUCUCCCCAGCCCCUUCUAAACCAGGUUGUGGUCAAAUAUGUGCAGAGCCAUUUACUUCAAAUCCCUUGGAUUCCCCAUGUGGUUGUGUGUUUCCAAUGAAAGUCAGACUUCUUUUAGAUGUAUCUCUCUAUGCUAUCUUCCCUGUGGUUAGAGAACUUGAGAUUGAAAUUGCAGAGGGCACAUAUUUAAAACAAAGCCAAGUGAUUAUUAUUGGUGCCAGUGCUGAUAGUGAAAAUCAGGGAAGAACAGUGGUGGAUGUUAAUUUGGUUCCUUUGGGAGAGAAGUUUGAUAAUACUUCUGCUAUGUUGACUUAUGAGAGAUUUUGGCAGAAGAAGGUGCCUCUAAAUAAGACUCUUUUUGGCAAUUAUGAAGUGAUGUACAUCAAUUAUCCAGGGCUUCCUUCUUCGCCGCCAUUUGAGGGUUCCAUGGGUAAUGGUCCAAGUGGAAGUGCUGGAAGUCAGCAAUUCCCUAUUACUGCAGAUUUUGUUGACAAGGACCCGAAGAUGAACUCUAAAACUAUUUUCACCAUUGCUUUAUCUGCAUUGGUAAUCUUGGUGGUUUGCUGUGGAGCAAUUUCUAUCAUCUUAAAAUGUAGGAAGGUUGGUAGACCAUCAAAUGCUGUUGGUCCUGUCUUUACACCAGCUGCUAAUAAGAGACCUGGAACUGGUUCUAUUUUAUCAUGUAGCAAUGCAAGCUCAACUUCAGUAUCCCUCAUUUCUGCCAUGCCUACUUCCAUUCUUUCUGUUAAAACAUUUUCCCUUGCGGAGCUUGAGAAAGCCACAGAAAAGUUUAGUUCAAAAAGGGUUUUGGGUGAAGGAGGAUUUGGUCGUGUUUAUCAUGGGAUCCUGGAAGAUAGAACUGAAGUUGCUGUUAAAUUGCUCACAAGGGAUAUUCAGAAUGGGGAUCGUGAAUUUAUUGCAGAAGUUGAGAUGUUAAGCCGAUUGCAUCACCGUAACCUUGUGAAACUGAUUGGCAUAUGCGUUGAAGAUCAUACACGCUGCUUGGUUUAUGAGCUUGUUCGCAAUGGCAGUGUUGAGUCUCAUUUGCAUGGUGCCGAUGGGAGAAAUGGGCAUCUUGACUGGGAUGUGCGAUUGAAGAUUGCACUUGGUGCAGCUAGAGGACUGGCUUAUCUUCACGAAGAUUCUAACCCUCGUGUAAUUCACCGAGAUUUUAAGGCUAGUAAUGUUUUGUUAGAAGAUGAUUUCACCCCCAAGGUUUCAGAUUUUGGGUUGGCAAGGGAAGCAACAGAAGGAAGUCAUCACAUUUCAACUCGGGUCAUGGGAACUUUUGGGUAUGUUGCUCCUGAAUAUGCAAUGACAGGACAUCUACUUGUCAAAAGCGAUGUUUAUAGUUACGGGGUUGUGCUUUUGGAGCUUCUCUCCGGGAGGAAACCCGUGGAUAUGUCUCAACCUCCCGGACAAGAGAACCUUGUGACUUGGGCCCGCCCCCUGCUUACCAGCAGGGAAGGAUUGGAGCAGUUGGUGGACCCCUCCUUGUGCAGAAACUACAACUUCGAUGACAUGGCAAAAGUGGCAGCCAUUGCUUCCAUGUGUGUUCACCCCGAGGUGACUCACAGGCCAUUCAUGGGUGAAGUUGUGCAGGCACUGAAACUCAUAUACAACGAUGCAGACGAGACUUGUGCUGAUUGCUAUAGUCAGAGAGAGUCUUCAGCAGCUUGGGACUCCGAUUUCAAAGCCGAUUUUGGCCCUUCAGAUAGCAGUUGGUGGAAUGCUGGCGGGGCUACACCGCGCUUGACUUAUGGGCACGCCUCUUCUUACAUAACCAUGGACUAUAGCUCGGGCCCACUUGAAGACACAGAAAACAGACCGUUUUCAGGUUCAAGCUUGAUUGGCGGAAGGGUCUUUUUACCCAUCAGGCAUGGAAAUAGAUCGGGUCCUUUGAGGACUGUUCGGAGCAAGCCAGCAUUUUACAGGUUGAAGGGGAGUGUGAGUGAACAUGGUGGACUUCUUGGGAAACGUGCUUGGAAUGAUGGUACCGGAUUUGAGGCUUCGUUUUGAGAGUGUUUUUUUGAAAUGUAUAGUACCGAACGACCAUGGUUAUUGAAGAAGUGGUUUUCGGUGUAGUGUAGGAGUUUCAAUUGCUGUGGUUUCAUAUUGGGGGGGGGGGGGGGGGGGGGGGGGAUGAAAUUCAUUACCAUACAAAGGGAGAGAUGUAAGUUAAGUACUCUUUGUUAUUGUACAUGCUCUAAAUUUUACUUUGGUUCAAUGCUGGAUUGAGCAGACGUUUUCCUUUGA